AGACUAGUAGUUCAAAAUGCACAACAGAAAGAACAAGAAAAACAUGUUGCAAUUUCCAAGAAUGGAGUUUUGUGUAGUAUGUUUUCUCGCAUUUCUCCUAGUUGGUGGGGUGCUUUCAAAUAGAAUAAGUGACACUGGCUUAUUUGAUCAAACUUAUCAAGUUACAUGGGGGAAGGAUCAUGUCUUGCCACUCAAUCAAGGCAAAGAGAUUCAGCUCUCCAUGGAUAAAUCUUCUGGGGCUGGAUUUGGAUCCAAGCUAAGUUUCGGUUCUGGAUUCUUUCAUCUGAGGAUAAGGCUCCCACCAAAGGACUCAGCAGGAGUUGUUACUGCUUACUAUCUAACUUCGCAUGGUGACAAUCAUGACGAGCUAGAUUUUGAGUUCUUGGGCAACAGAGAAGGAAAGCCAAUCACUUUGCAGACAAAUGUGUUUGCAAAUGGUUUGGGGAAUAGAGAGCAAAGAAUGUAUCUUUGGUUUGAUCCUGCUGCAGAUUUUCAUAAUUACAAGAUCCUUUGGAACCAACAUCAGAUUGUAUUUUUUGUGGAUGACAUACCCAUAAGAGUGUUCAAGAACAAGACAAAUAUUGGAGUUAGCUAUCCGUCAAAGCCAAUGCAAAUAGAGGCAAGUUUAUGGGAUGGAGAUAGUUGGGCAACAGAUGGUGGCCAGACUAAAACCAACUGGAGCCAUGCACCUUUUCAAGCUCACUUCCAGGGUUUUGACAUUAGUGGAUGCUCCUUACCUGAAACCCCAAACACCCAGCCAUGCUCUUCUCACAAAUACUGGUGGAAUUCUGACAAAUAUUGGCAACUGAAUUCUACACAGCGCAAGACCUAUCAAGAUGUCAGGAAGAAGUAUUUAACUUAUGAUUAUUGUUCUGAUAGGCCUAGGUUUCCUACGCCUCCUCCAGAAUGCCCUCAGUGAGUGAUAUAGGAUUUAAUUAGUGACUUUACAAUCACUCCAAACAUUUCGGAAUAAUCUCUCCAAACAUUUCGGAAUAAUCACUCUAUUUAUUGUUCUCUCUUCUCUUCCAUUACCAUUUACAGCAGUUUAAAAAGAAAAUCAUUACCAUUAUCAUUUA